GCGCGCGCGUUCCGACUCGCAGUGGCGUCGCGACGCUCGUCCUGAACGGUCACAGCUACCACGCACGUAUCUUGCGAACAACCGCAACCACAAAAACACGUGUGUGUUUUAAUUUUUCAAAUUAAUUUACCGCAACUCAAAUCAAAAUAAUAAAAAACAAAUAAAUUUUGUGAUUAAAUAUUGGGACAUUGGGAAUUUGGAAAGUUUGCAUCAUUAUCCGCAUGGUGCCGUUGAAAGGUAUAUAAGUGCGUGGAAUCAGCAUCAGCAUGGAAACUUUAUACACAGCCCGUUUGCACGGUUUUCCCAACCUGACGCGUUCCGGUAUGGAGCCGGCGCUCUCCGAGGAGAGCGUCCUGAGCCUUCUCAUCGUGCUCGGCAGCAGCAUUUCACUGGUCGGGCUUGUCUUCGCCUUCAUAACCUACAGCCUCUUCUCCGAUUUGCGAAACUUGGCCGGCACGACGUUGAUGAAUCUGCUGGCGGCACUCUUCAUGACCCAACUACUCUACGUGAUUGGAGUCGGCGGUGUGCCGGAUCCUGAAUUGUGUGUUUCUUUGGCGUUUUCGCUGCACUACAUACGGCUGUGCGUUUUUUGCUGGAUGCUCGUGAUGGCCCAUCAUAUGUACACACAAUUUACUACUAAUUUAAAUUUGGUGCCCAUUACUGAUAAUUCAAUUGGAAGGCAUUUUAUCAAAUAUUCGGUGCUCGCGUGGGGCGUACCCGGUCUGCUACUCGCCGCCGCCGUCCUCAUCCAGUACCACGACAAGGCCGGCAAGAUGUUGGACACCGCCAGCCUCAAAGUGCACAAUUGCUGGUUUUUAGACAAGAACGGUUUCAUCUACGGCCUGCUGGUGCCGGUGGCACUAAUCGUCCUGAUAACACUUUCCUAUCUCCUGCGCGCGGCCGUCGUCUCGCGCUACGUCAUCAGCAUGCAGGUUGAUAAGCGCGUACGUGACAAGAUGCGCAGGAAGCGGACCCUUCAGAUCGUCCUAUUUACCAAGAUAACAAUGGUAUUAUCAUCGGUGAUGGUCCUCGGCGCACUGACAAUGUUUAUCAAAUCAGAGACACUGUGGAUCGCUUAUCAUGUGGGGCAAGGGCUUCAGGGCAUUUUUGUCGCUAUGCUGGUCACGUGCAAUUGCCAGGUGCUCAAGUUAUACACGCGUACAAUCAAAUCGAAACGCUCGAAAAUGGUGCCAUCUUACGGUAAUCUUGCAGCUGAGGCACGAAAUAUUAUCGGACACCAUUCGGGCAUUACAAAAUCCACCAGCUUACAACUACUCACAUGGGAACCAGCACCUGAUUCAGUUUAAACGCAGUUUUUUUUUUUCAUAAAAAUAAAAUUAGAGACUGAUUGAGUGAAAUGACAGAUACAAAGAUGGAGCUGAGUAAAAUUGAGGUUAUUAUUAUCAUCAUCAUCAUCACAUAUCAAAUUCAUAUCAAUCUUCACUAAAUAUGCUUUAAAACUGCUUUAAACGUUGUUGAAGAUGUUCAUAAAUUAAUUUCAGCUUAAAUCGGCUUCAAAACAAUUACCGUUAAGUUGUUACUUACAAACUUUUAAGUAACGCCCAAAUUAAAAUAAUGAAUUAUUAAUUAUUUUAAUCUUCAGCAGGGAAAAGUUUUGAAAGGCGGCGAGACGUGAAAUUUGUGGUUGAAAGUCGAGUGAAAAAUGUUUCAUCAUCAUAGAUCUGAUAUUUGCAUAUCAUUUUCUUCUUCACAGGGUUACGCACACCGACGACGGGUUUCUUAUCAUAAAAAUUCCUCGCACGAGCUUUUCAUCCAAUUUCCCGACCUGCAGACCUGCAGACACACUAAUGUAAUAUCCGUGUUUGUCUAGCCGUAAAUAUGUGUGCAUAACAGUGUAAAUAUUAAUCCUAGACGCAGGUAUAACUGCCGAGGCAGCAAAAACUUGUGAAAAUAUUAUAUGUUAACGCAAAAUAAUCAGAAUGUAGAUGCUACGGAAAAUAUUUGUAUCCUAAUGAAUGUAAAAUAUUACAACAAUUUGUAAAUAUGGAGAGUACCAACGCUUGCAGCUGCAUAUAAAAUGGAUAAUUAUUGUAAAUAAACAUUAAUAAAGGUGAUUUUCAAAUA